CUAAGUCAACUAGCUUGUUGUGUUGUGUUGUGUUGUGUUGUGUUAGAACUUGAACACAUUUGUUUGUUCGUCCUCAUCGUCAUUCAUAGAGAAUCUGUCUCGAUGCCUAGAUCAAGAAGUCGCGUCCUGAUUCUCUUAUUGCCUCUAGCCUUUGUGUUCUACCUGUACAGGUACCUGCCUUCUCCAGCUAUUGUCGACCAAUCAUCAUACAGCUCCAUCUACCACAUCUCCGUUAAGGACAUUGAUGGGAAUGAUGUGAGUUUAAGCAAGUUCACAGGAAAGGUGCUUCUUAUUGUCAAUGUAGCCUCUAAGUGUGGUCUAACACAGGGAAACUACAAAGAGUUGAACAUUUUGUAUGCCAAGUACAAAACUAAGGGGCUUGAGAUCUUAGCGUUUCCCUGCAACCAAUUUGGAAGUCAAGAGCCAGGUAGCAACAAGGAGAUUAAGGAUAACAUUUGCACAACCUUCAAAGGAGAGUUUCCCAUCUUUGACAAGAUUGAAGUGAAUGGUGAGAAUGCUUCACCUCUAUACAAGUUCUUGAAAGAACAGAAAGGUGGAUUGUUUGGGGAUUCUAUCAAGUGGAACUUCGCAAAAUUUCUGGUAGACAAACAAGGAAAUGUUGUGGAUCGAUUUGCUCCUACAACAUCACCUCUUGAGAUUGAGAAGGACAUAGAGAAGCUAUUGGCAUCUACGUGAACAUAAAAAAUUCAAGGACAGGAGAUCAGAAGCAUGGAGCAUGUCCGCGUUUGAGACUGGAGAGUUACUUUUAUAUACUGAUUCUCUUUAGAUGUAUGCUUGUUUUGUGUCAAUGAAUGUUCUUCAUCAAAAGAAUAGAACUUUAUUUAUGUUCUCUUUUACAAGAAUGCAUUACAACAAAUUUCAUUACCAAAAUCUUUUUGUACAUA